AUAUUCAGUUAUGGAGUGAAACUGUCUUCGUCUCCGUCUCUUGGUCGAGCUUCACCUUCAGAAAUAUCUGAACUCAAACCCUUUACUUCACCACUCUCUGCAACUAAAUAAAGCUUCAUCUUUCAAUCCAUGCUUCAAUCUUAUUGAUUCCAUUCCAAUCAAGAAGACAACAAUGGCGACGGAGCUAGAAGAACUAGUGGACUUCCUUUCUUCACCAUCACCACAGGUGACAAAGGCGGCUGUUGAUAUAGUUCGAGGUUUAACUGGGUCUGAUGAUGGCUUAAAGUCCCUUGCCAUUUAUGCCAACAAGCUCCUCCCAUCACUUUCUCGACUUUUAAAUGCUCCUAAGGAGAUUUCGGAACCUGCAGCUGAAGCUCUUGUUAAUCUUUCACAAAAUUAUGAUUUGGCAGAGAAGAUGGUUGAGAUUGGAAUAGUUAAAACUUCUAUGGAUAUCUUGUAUAAGCCAGAUUCUAGCAUUGGCCACUUAAUGGUUAUGCUUUUAGUGAAUCUUACACAACAUGAUGCUGGUAUCACUUCCUUGCUUCAGACUGGAGAUGAGAAGAUGCAAGGACUCUAUGUUAUGAAACUUGUUAGAUCAUUUUGCAGAUCUUCAAGUGAAGCCAAAGAAGAUGCAUUUGAACAUGUCGGUUCCAUAAUUGUAAAUAUUUCAAAGAACAAAGCUGGAAGGGAACUUUUAUUGGAUCCUAAGAGGGGGCUUUUGAAGCAGAUGGUUAGACAGUUUGACUCACCUAAUUCAUUGAGAAGGAAAGGGGUUUAUGGAACUGUUCGGAACUGUUGUUUUGAAGCUGAGAAUGAACUACAGAAUUUACUUUUGAUGUCCGAGUUCCUUUGGCCAGCUCUGCUUCUACCAGUUGCUGGAAACAAGAUUUACAGUGAACAAGACACAUCAAAAAUGCCACUUGAACUUGGUAGUGUGCUCUCAAUCGAGCGUGAACCAGUUGUAGAUCCUGAUAUUCGCAUUCAAUCCCUUGAAGCAAUAUACUUGAUAUCAUUACAGGAGGCGGGGCGGAGAGCCUUUUGGUCUGUGAAUGGACCAAGGAUAGUACAAGUUGGAUAUGAAGAUGAGAAAGAUCCAAAAGUUAUUGAAGCAUUCGAGCAACUCGGUUCUUUGUUGGUCAAUAGUGGCGGGACAGAAGAACCUUCUUCAACAUAGAUAAUCUACUCAACUUGCCUUAGUAUAAUGGUGUUAUUGGAGAAGUGUUUGGAGAUCAUUGGAACUUGAGUGAAAGCUUUGCUUGUCUUAUGAUUCUUGUGUCACUCGUCUUAAUAUAAACUUUUUUUUUAUCAAUUGAAAAUAGUUCCAAUUUAAUGAGAAUAAUCUCGAUUGAUUUCCAAUUUUGAACAUGGAAAAAUGUUGAAAGUAUUGUCUAGAAUUUAAUAUUGUAUGUUAUGAGGCCUACUUGGAUUAUUCUUACUUGAUCAACUAAUUUGAGUAGAGAUUAUCAC